AUGGAAUAACCUCAGAUGACCUUUUUUAUUCCAAUGUCCGCGGCGAGCCGCCCCCUCGCUUGCGCACGCUCCAAACCGGGAUAAAAUAAUUUCAGAGCGCCUGCCUGGCUCUCUCUGCGAGAAGUGCCGCGGCUCCCAAAAUAAAAAGGGAUGCGUGUAUUUUAAAAUUUAUUUCCUGUCGCGGUCGCUCUGGCUGGCUGGUUGGCUGCGGUGCUGCGACGGCGGCGUGUGUCUCGCUCUUCUGGAGAGACAACAACAGCAUACAAAGUUUCGACCGACGCUCGAUGCGCUCACAUCACUCGGCUGGCUCACUCGCAUCGUCGUCGUCGUCGUGGUAUCGGCUGCGCUCGUUAAUUAUGGUGUUGUUAUUGAAAUGUCGUCCGACUGCUGAGGGGAGCGCGGCGGCGGAGCACCAACCCGCGGCCGGGCCGGCACCAUCAAUCACCCACUAGGCCACCGACUAACUCGCCGGCCACGACCUCUCCUUCCCUCCGCAGAAUUAAGUGGACGCUAUAGCUGCCUUUGCGCACCGCCAUUAUCCGCCUUAUUAAUGCACCGUCUUGAUAAAAAAUAUUCAAAUCGGCGUUGCUAAAAUUCUCAACUUUAUAGUUUUGAUAAUAUUGAGAUUAAAUGGAGAGAUCCGAGCACUAUUAAGAAUUAAAAAAACACAUUUAAAAAGGAACAAUUUUCGUUCAAAAAUCAAAGCACUCAAGACGGUAUUUCAAUAUUACAUAAUAGCAGCUAGAGGCAAUGAAAAAUAAUUUCCUAAAAAUAUAAAAAAUUGAAGGUUAGGCAUCCCGCGUGGUAGACGAGUGAAGUUGAUUGCAUACCUUCCACACUUUCCUAUUCCUUGCAUUCUUAUCACACUAAUUCCAUUAAAUUAUCGUUUAUUGUCCAGAAAAGUAAUGUAGUAUAUAAACGCAGUUGCUUUUGUUUGUUAUUUUUUAAUUUUACAGUGGAAUAUUAUGGUGAUUCCAUGCAGGCUCAAUUAUUUAAUCUUGUUGGCAUUACGCGCGUUCUGAAGCCUUUUGCUUCAACGUGGCGCUGUCAUCGAACCCGGGAGGGAGUUUUGCGAGUGGCUCUGAUCUGAUCAUGUGUAAUUUGUAAACACAACAUACGAACAUGUGCACCGUGCUGUUUUGUCGGCGCAGCGGUUUCUUUAUUUUCAUUUUACUUUGAUCUUUUUGCGGCUUUUGUGCGUGCAUUUUUUUAACGCCAACGUAGGAAAUCAGAAAAAUGAGCUACUGUUGUGAGUGUGAUAAAGAAAGGAUCAAAGAAAAUUUAAACAAACUGCUGACAGCCUGCAAAGACCAUGAAAAGCUUCUGCGGGCUUACAUGCUGGAUUUCUUUGUCGACAAUCAUUGGGAAACACUGCCGAAAAAAUGGAGAGAUGUUUUAGGAACUUUGACGCCUGAGGAGCUUGGCUCCUGGAUUUUAUACCCUGAGCUUUAUGAGUACAAGAAAGUUUGGCCCCUGUCAUUGUUGGCACUGAGAUGUGCAGUCCGAUUUCAUUCAAUAGAGCGACAGCCGGCACAAGAACAUUGGCGAGAUCAGGCCCUUGGCUUCAGCAAAGACUGCAGGCACAGGAAUUUCCUCAAUUGCGACCUGGGCAGAGGAGAACUAAACCGCAAAUUAUUUUCCAAACACAUUAAGCCCAAAAAAUUCCACGAGAUAGAAGUUAUGGCAAAAGUCACAGCUAAUUGUGCCAAGAGACUCGGCUGCAAAUUUGUCGUGGACAUUGGCUCUGGCCUGGGUCAUUUAGGACGCAUUCUCGCCUUCCAUUACGGCCUUCAAGUCUGCUGUCUCGAAGAGCAGAUUUGCCUCACAGAAAAAGCCAAGAAAAUUGACGAGCAGUUGAGGAAGUUAUUUGAAAAAUCAGGAAGAAACAUUGUCCCUCCUGUACACAUCAAUAAAAGCAUUAAUACGGCGUUGGAUCAAAAUGAACUGAUCAAAAUUCUGCUAGAUGCCUUUGGGUUGCAGUUCAAAGAAGAAUUAGAAUUUGGCCUGGUGGGCUUGCAUCCUUGCGGGGACCUGGGCCCGACUUUGAUGAGGCUGCUUGUCGACUGUCCAAAUGCGGUGUUUAUCAACGUUGUUGGCUGUUGCUACAUGAAGCUAACGGAAGAGAGCUCUGGUUGCAUCCAAGGCUAUCCAAUGAGCUGCUUUGUUACUGGUGAAAUUGACACUAAGAAUUUGAGUUAUGAAGCUCGUGAAGUGUCUUGUCAUGCUUUGGAGAUGUACUGUGACAGACUGAAAAAAGGCUGUGUGGAUGAUUUAAAGAUUCAUUGCUACAGAUCUACCCUUGAGUGCAUAUUAAUCAGGCACUGGCCUCACCUGAAGCAUUCUGGACUGAAAAGCAUCAAGCAUACCCAAGACCUGAGUUUUGAAAAAUAUGCUGUCGAAGCUGUGGAAAAAUUGGCCAUCUCUUUACCAGCUCAUGAUUUACUGUCUGAUGACGUUGAAAGGCGCCUUUUACAAUGGAAAAAUGUAGUUGUGUUCUACUCCCUGAGACUGCUGCUUGCUCCCCUGGUGGAAUCGGCAAUUCUGCUGGACAGAUUGCUUUUCAUGGAAGAAAAUGGCUUGCCUUCAAUGCUGAUCCCAGCAUUUGAUCCACAAUUUUCGCCGAGGAACCACAUAUUAUUAGCCCUUAAGGAGAAUAAAUAAAUAACCCCAGUGGGAAAUAAAUACAUAUUUUUUACUUAUUUAAA